AUGUUUUCUAGGCGCCCACGACUCUUACCCAGCGUGCCGAACCCUGAUCCUACGCCGGCACCAGCGACUGCGCCAGCGCCUGACCACGCUCUGGGUUUCACCGAUAUAUAUGGCUCCCUAACGCCCCGUCAGAUUAGCAUCAUCACCAUCGGAUCGGCCAUUGGAACAGGCUUGAUGGUUGGAACCGGAAGAGCGUUGUCCAUGAGCGGACCGGCCGCUAUCCUCAUUUCAUACACCAUCGUUGGGUUUGCAGUCUACCUUGUCCUCUCUGCGUUGGGUGAGGUAGGCUCUUGGUUACCGAAGCCAUACACCGUUGCAGACCAGGCUGUACGAUUCUGUGAUCCUGCGCUCGGGUUCAGCUUGGGUUGGAUAUUUUGGCUCAAAUAUGCUAUCGUGACGCCUAAUCAACUCACCGCUGCGGCAUUGGUGGUCUCCUACUGGGUCGAUGCAGAGCAUGUCAACCCCGGUGUCUGGAUCACGAUCUUUCUGUCGAUUAUCGUUGCUCUCAACUGUAUCAAUCACCGCCUUCCGAGUCGUAUCGAGUUUUAUAUGGCUUCGUGCAAGCUUGUUGUCAUGCUUGGUCUCAUGAUUUUGUCGACUAUUAUUGCUUUGGGUGGAGGACCAGAUCACGAUCGGCGAGGCUUUCGUUACUGGUCUUAUCCUGGGGCGUUUGGAUCUCAUCGACAUGAUGGGUUGAUUGACAAGUUCUACAUCACUUGUUCGACGAUGUCAUCUGCUACGUUUGCAUACAUUGGAAGCGAGCGAUCUGGGAUGUGUCAUUUCCCCAAUGUCCGCAAAGCCACCUCCCGAGCUAUCAAGAAUACGUUUUAUCGGAUUCUGGUGUUCCAUCUCCUAGCUAUCACGCUACUGGGAAUGAUCAUCCCUCAGGACUCUAUUUCCGUGGCCUUCUACAGUCGAGCAUCCCACGAUGCUGCCGCAUCUGCUUUCGUGGCAGCAUUGUAUCUCGCCGGCAUCUCAGUGCUACCGGACUUUCUGAAUGCGUGCAUCCUGGUGUUCGUUCUGUCAAUCGCGAACUACGACCUCUAUCUUGCAACGAAAGCAAUGUGUGAUCUCUCUCUGAAACGCCGAGCCCCAGCCUUCUUGUCACGAACUACCCACAGAGGCGUACCCAUCUACGCACUGGGGAUGUGCUCGCUGCUAGCCACAUUGGCCUAUCUCAACGUAAACCAAGACUCGACCCUUGUCUUCGGCUACUUCGUCGACAUGGUCACAAUGCUCGGCCUACUGACGUGGUUCUCCAUUCUCGUCACCCAUAUAUCCUUCGUGCGCGCGCGAAAAGCCCAAGGUGUACCCGACAAGUCCCUAGCCUUCCGUGCUCGGUUUGGACUGCCUGGAACCUGCGUUGCAUUGGUGCUCUGCUUGUUUAUCUCGGUAACUAUCGUCUUUGACUCCUUCAGUUUUGACUCUGGUGAGAGGAGGUUUGAUGUCAGUUCCUUCAUUGCGUCUUAUAUCAGUAUCCCUCUGUACAUACUGCUCAUGGUUGGGUACAAGAUCGCUGUCCACAGCAAGCAUGUCAACCCCAAAGACGUUGAUCUGUGGACGGAUAAGAGUGGGCCUGAGAUUUCGGCUGGUCAGGGACAAGUGAGGUUGACUGAAGUUCCUCCUUCGUGCUCGUGA